GAAUGUGUCAUGAGCCGUUUCACUCGCGAGGAGCAACAGCCUGUUACACAGCAGGGUGCUGUAAAGUGACUUAAAGUUGAGCGGAUUCUUCAACUGGGACUAUUUGUAACCACUGCCAAGAUGUCAUUACAGUUUAAAGAUGCCUUUUGGGGAGUGGACUUCAUCAGCAAUAUUGGCUAUGAGACUAUUAUUCAGAGACUUAACGAAGGCCGCCGGACAUGCAAAGACAUGGAGGAACUGCUGAAGAUGAGGGCAUCAGCAGAGGAGAAAUAUGGCAAGGACCUGGUCGCCAUUGCGCGGAAGGCUGGGGGUUUACAUGAGAUUAGCACUCUGAGAGCAUCUUUUGAUGAAAUGAAAACACAAAUUGAGAACAUAGGAAACUUGCACGUUCAGCUCUCUGGACUCCUGAAGGAGGAGGUGAAGAGAAUGGAGCAGUUCAGAGACCGACAGAAAGAGCAGAGAAAAAAGUUUGAAGUCAUCAUGGAGAAGGUCCAGAAAACAAAAGUCUCCCUCUACAAGAAAACAAUAGAAUCUAAAAAGUCUUACGAGCAGCGCUGCAAGGAGGCGGACGAGGCAGAGCAAACGGCCGAGAAGAUGGGCAACGCUCCCACUGCCACUCCCAAACAGAUUGAGAAGAUGAACAACAAAUCUAAACAGUGCAGAGAGGCUGCAGAGGAGGCUGAGAAGCAAUACAUGUCCAACAUUGAACAGCUCGACAAGAUCCGUCAGGAAUGGGAAUCGACACACAUCAACACAUGUGAGAUGUUUCAACAGCAGGAAGAGGACCGCCUCAGCAUACUAAGGAAUGCUUUGUGGGUGCACUGUAACCAUUUAUCGAUGCAGAACGUGAAAGAUGAUGAGUGUUAUGAGGAUGUGAGGAAAACGCUGGAGAAGUGUGACAUCAUCAUAGACAACAACUGCUUUGUGGAGUCGAAACGCACCGGCUCAACCCCCCCAGCUCCAAUUGAAUACCAAAAUUACUACGACAAGGAUGCUACACAUGACAGUAAUGGCAGUGCUGGAUUCGUUGGAGUCAUGAAAAGGUUUUCAAAUCUUCUGCAGGGAAACAGCCCGACUUGCUCCAAAAUGAGCAUCAAUGAGUCAGUUGCACAACCAUCCAACCAUCCUGCCUGUCAAAACUCCACAGCUGAAACAUCAGAAGGAGUCUACGCUUCCAUUCCUGGAUUUCAGGCGACCCAGCUGAACAGUGACGAGUAUAAGGUCAUGUAUGACUACGUGGCACAGGGGGAGGAUGAGCUCUCUGUAUCAGCUGGGGACGUUGUAGUUGUCAUAGAUCAAGGGGAGGAUGGUUGGUGGACGGUGAAAAGAAAUGGCCUUACAGGAUUUGUUCCAGGCUCUUACCUCACCAAAGAAUGAGUUCACCCACCGGUCACAUGUAGGACUUUCAGAUUACUACAUUUUGUAAUAUUUGUGUUUGUGUAAAGGCCCGGUCCUUUCAAGUUACAAUAUAGUUUAAUUUUAUCUACAGUUCAUAUUCCUGUUACAUACAUCUUUAAAAACUCCUGUAUAAGAUUUAAAAAUGUCACCACCUAUUGGUAGUAAUAUAAAACACACUGUAGCAGAGAAUAGUGCAAUGCCAGUCUCAUGGAUUUGACCAUGAGAAUGAAAGGCUGACAACAAACUUUUUGUUUUUUCUAAUGAAAACAUACACAAUCAUAAUCAUCAACAAUCACAAACUGCUGUUGAAUGGUGAAUUAUUUAUUGCUAUGGCACAUUUUCAUAUCACUUUGCCCUGGUGUGUUGAGUGCUCCUCAUACCAAAGACAGGUGGGAGAUAUACUGAUCUGUUGCACAAGGUCACUGCACUAAGUUUUAUUAAUAUAUUGUGAAAAAUUAUAUUAUCUUAUAUUUUAAGUCCUAAAUGUUGGGCAGAUUGUUUGAUUUCUGUUGUUGCCUUGUAUAUAUUUUCUAUGUGUAGUUAUUGUUUCUAUUCUGAAUGCUAUAAAGAAUAAUUGCGCAUGA